UUGUUGUUAUGGAAAACAGUACUGCCAUUCAGCUCUUCCUUUUCAGAUUUCAGUUUUAGAAUUGAACCUCUUUACUCUCCUGUUAGUAAUGAGAGUGCUUCUAAAUGAAUACAUGACAUAUAACAGUCAUUGAGAAGGGAGAUCUGUCUAGUUCUAUUUUUUUAAUUUUCGCUCUAAAGGUCAGCAAACGAUCGAGGCUUCGCAGUAGCCAAGCUAGCAAAAGCUAGCUAACCGACACAAGAAGGAACGGUACAGUUUUUAAGGAGCCUUCAUCUGCUGCUUUGGGGUUAGAAAUUUUCCCAAAAUGGAUAUCAGCAUCGCUGUGUCGCUAAUUCGAGGCCAGAUGGGCACUGUGGUAGAACAAGCAGUGAACGGAGCAGUGGAGACGGUGCUGGCUGAGAUGCUCAAAGUGGUUGGAGUCAAAUUUGAGGAGCUGAAAAGCCAAGUGGCUCAGAUGAAGAGGGACAUUGCAGUGUUGCAGAGGGAAAAGUCCCUCAAAGAGAAGGAGAACGACAACAUUCGAUCCAAGCUGCGCUACACCGAGCUGAAGCUGAAGUACUACAGGCAGGGGGUGGAGGAGGAGCUGCAGCAGAGAGCCUCUGCAUCCAAUCUGGUCCGUAUUCAUCCGCCAACAUAUAUUCAGACACAGCGGGGUGGUGCAGGUGUGUCAUCUACAGAAACCUCUCCAUCAUGCUCGACACAGGUCAGGGCCAGUGAAGGGUCACUGACAAGAAACAAUCAAGAGUUCACCUCUCCACAUACCAAGAGGAGGCGCAAUGUCAGAGUCCACAGUCAGUCAGACGUUGCCAGCUCUGAACCGUCUGAUCCACUUCUUCCUGCUUUGCUUCCUGUGAACACAGGAGCAGAAUGUGUGGACAGCAGCACAGUUUUGUUUGGUGCCAUUGAGCAAGACCCAACUCAGAGUCAGGAUGACGACCAGGAGGAGUGUGAGUGGGCUAUCACUGUGGAGCCACAAGCAGAAGCCAUGGAUGCUGGCAUCAUUGAUGCUUCUCAUAGUCAGACUCUAAAUCAGGACUCAGAGAAGCUGUCAGGUGAAGGCUCCUUGUCUCCAGAUGGAUCCACCCAGGCUGACAGCUCCACUCUGCCCUCUGCUGCUACACAGAUGAAGCAUGAACCCCAGCAGCAGAAGGAGCAGGAUGUGAUCUGUAUCAAAGAGGAGCCAGAGGAGGAGCAGGAGGUAACAGCUGCCCUGCUGCUGGACUGUCAGUUGCAUCAGAGUCUUCCUCCUGAAUCAGAGGCUAAACCCCCUGUGGCAGAGUGGUCAGAGCAUCAAGAAAACCAGAGAAACCCCCCCGCAGCCUUCAGCACAGCUGGAACAAGCUCAUAUGUGAUGCCUCAGCCAGCAGCUUCUCUGCCUUCAGUGGCAUCAUUACAGCCCAUCAACCCUUCUCACCAGGUGGAUCCUACCUGGACCAAUGACCUCACCCUUUAUGAGGAAUACAAACUCCGCAGGAACGAGCUCCGCCGGAUAAACCAGAGCAGACGGCGAGAGUUGGAGAAAAUGCUGCCUCAGCCUCUGCUGGCAGAUCUGGUGCGAGAGCGUAGAGAAAAGACCAGGCUGAGGGUCGCCAGAUGGAGGGCGAAAAGGAAACUCCAGGCCGGUUUGAACCAGAUUCAGGCUGAGGGUGGCGCUGUCGGCGUGUCUCAAACUGGGUUUCCCAUCAACAAUCAGGAGCAGCAGCUCAGAGCUUCGUCCUCUAGCGGUCAGCAGAGACAGACUUCAUCGCUGCCUCAGCCUGGCAGCUUCCUCAACAACAUGUCCAACACGCUGCCCUUCAUACCCUCCACCUCCUCCUCCUCAUCUCUGCACCCAAACAGCUCCAGUAUGACUCUUCAUCAGCAAACCGUCACAUCAUCAUCUUCCUCCUCUUCCUACCCGCAGGCCAGCUUUUCACAGCAGGAAAUGUCUCUUUUAGACUCAGAUAUCAUCCAGUGCCGCAUUUAAAACCAGAGAUUUAAGGACAAGAGUGUAAAAAUGGUCUGUAGGUUAUAAUUCCAGCCAUCAAAAUGGAGCUGGGCUAAUCUAACAGUUUGUUUAUAAAAUAUUUGUCUGAUUUGCAGAGAAUUGAUCACAAAACAGGACACCCUGCAUGUUUGAUGUUAUUUAUUGAGCAGAGAUUAAAAUAUUUCACUCCAUAGUGAUAAAACUUUAAGGCACAAGAUCUUUAACAGUAUAUACAGACAAAAAAUCACUAGUUUUAAGAACUCUUUAUCCAAAUUUUACAUCAGUUACACAAAAUAUAAAGCACUGAAAUACCAAAAUUUUACCAAAUGUGAUGCAUCCAAAUACAGAAUCACUUAUUAACCAAAUGUUAGAAUUCAUGUCAUUUUUAAGCUUCACUGUAUUUAAAUGUGUAAGUAGACACCUUUAAAACAUGUAUCAUUCCUUACAUGUGUGCUUUUAGUGUAUUUGAAAGUGAAUUUUAUGUGGUUUUCAUGAAACAUGUUGCCAAAUGGACAAAUUCUCAUCAUUAGUCAGACCGUCUUUCAAAUGUUGGAAAUAAGCGUUGACCUAAAGAUGUCACUGUGGGUUUCAUUUUUGAUGUGUAAUGCACCACACAGAAAGAGUCAAACUGGCACAACUUGCAGUGCAGAUUUAUAAAAGCCAACUUGAAAUCAAGUGUUUGAGGCGGCAACAAUCUCCAAAAAAAGGAUCCUGAAGGGACUGGUUACUUGUUUUUUUUUUUUGGUUUUUUUUUUCCAAGUAGGGUUAAAAUGAGUAUAAUAUGCUCACCUGUACCUGGAUUUAGGAGCUCAAAAUGAUGUUACCUGAGGAGUGUUCCUGUUAGUCUAAGACUGAAAGACAAAGUGUACAUGCAUGUACAUUUUCAAUGAUUAUUCAGAGAAAAAAUUGCUGCAGGUCAUUUUAGCAGCUUAUUUAAUUUGGAUAUUCUAAAGAUAGCUUUAAUAUUAAAGCAUGCAGGAUAGGCUGAUAAUAUAUUUGUUUUAGGAUCAUCCUUUGUGUGCAGUGCAUUCACAAAAUGCUUCUCAAUUGAGUUUGCAUCUUAGAGUACAGCCUCUUGCCAAUUUAUGCCACCUCUGUGCUUUGUAAACUGAUCAGAUACCUAGAAGUUUGUUGAGGUUAAUAACGGUUAAUGUUACUGAAAUGUCUGUGCAUGAAAAUAUCACCAACUUGCAGAAACAUUCACAACAAAGAUGCUUUCAUUGUGUGGUUCAACUCACUGAAUAAAAACAUGGCUGACAGAUCC